AUGGGCAAAUCCUCCUCCAAAGUCGGCCUCGGACAGCGCAGGCAAGCUUUGAUCACCCGCUCUUGGAUCGCUGAGCUGCUGUUGGACGACAGACUGAUGGAUGAGAAAAGCCGCCAGUUUCGAAUCGCAUGGUUUCUGUGGAUAGGCAUCACCCUCUUGAUUUGCCUUGCCGCGGUUGCUUUGCUGGCCCUCCAGAUCGCAAAAGACAUUGAAGAUAUCGUUCGCGGCCAGCAUGAACAGAUUGUGGGCACCAUGGUCAUAAGCGCGAAUGUCGUUUGCAUGGUCGCUGCCAUUCUGAUAUACAUGCACGAGGUCCUGCCAUGCAGGAGCUCACCAAGAAAUGGUUGA